AUGAGUUCCUGUUAUUGUUCUCAGAUUUUAACCUUGCUGCCAGACAGGGAAGUUAAUGCGGCUCCAGAGCCAUGUAAGGAAAUAGUAGAGUUUAUAUUUAAUACAGACCGGCUAAGGAAAACCAAACACACAGAGAAAGAGAGCGAAGAAAUAGACGAAAGGGAAAAGAGAAGGAAAGAAAAGAUCAAACAACUGAAAAAGAUUGAUAAAGUUAUUUUAGGAUCAGAUAAAGAAGCUUCUGAACAACCGAAAAAAGAACCAAAAGGAGUCAUGGAAGAAUUCAUGUCUGGUUAUUUGAACUUUAUAAAAUAUGUAAUGAGUAUGUAA